CGGUUGGCUUGGCGGCGCCGGAGAGUGUGCGGGACCAGGGCUGGAGAGAUCUGCCGGGGGAAGCAUCAAGCCAAGAAACCAGUCCAGUCCAGCACGGAGCCUCGCCUCGCUUGCCUGGCACACCCGCUGCGCCGUGCGCUCUUCUUUUGGAGGGGAGCUGCACCACAUUCCUGUGAACUAUAACUGCUUUGAAUGGCAUGUGGCUUGUAACUUUACUUCUGCUGUAUUCUUUGCAAGAAGUCAACAGUGAGGAUGUUGUCUCUACGCGGCUGUACUUUGUGAACGCCUCCCUGCAGCGGGUGACCUUCUCCAGCUCCGUGGGGGUGUCCCUGCCCUGCCCCGCGGGCGGCGCCCCCCAUGCCGUCCUGCGUUGGUACCUGGCCGCCGGAGACGACAUUUACGACGUGCCCCACAUCCGCCACGUGCACGCCAACGGCACCCUCCAGCUCUUCUCCUUCUCGCCCUCCGCUUAUAACAGCAUCAUCCACGACAACGAGUACUUCUGCACCGCCGAGAACCAGGCGGGCAAAAUCCGGAGCCCCAGCAUUCACAUCAAAGCAGUGUUCCGGGAGCCAUACACAGUCCGUGUGGCCGACCAGCGCUCCAUGCGAGGUAAUGUCGCUGUCUUCAAGUGCCUCAUCCCCUCUGCUGUCCAGGAGUACGUCAGCGUGGUGUCCUGGGAGAAAGACACCGUGUCCAUUGUCCCAGGUAACCGUUUCUUCUUGACCUCAUUUGGAGCACUGUACAUCUCCGAGGUGCAGAAGGAAGACGCUCUGUCCACCUACCGCUGUAUCACCAAGCACAAGUACAGCGGCGAGACCCGACAGAGUAAUGGAGCCCGGCUCUCUGUUAUGGACCCUACGGAGUCCACCCCGUCACUACUGGACAGUUUCCAGUCCGGUGAGAUGAAGGCAGGGCACAGCGUGGAGCUGCCCUGCACCGCAUCCGGCUACCCAAACCCGGCAAUCAGGUGGUUGAAGGAUGGCCGGCCGCUGCCGGUGGACUCCCGCUGGACCCGCCGUAUCACGGGCCUCACCAUUUCGGACUUGAGGCUGGAAGACAGCGGCAACUACAUCUGCGAGGUCACCAACAGCUUCGGCUCCAAAGAGGUGACGGGUCACCUCAACAUCAUUGAGCCCCUUCGGGUCACCUUGUCCCCCAAGAACCUCAAGACGGGCAUCAGCAGCACGGUCAUCCUAUCCUGCGCCGUCCAGGGUUCUCCUCACUACACCGUGUCGUGGUACCGUAACACCGAGCCCAUCCUGCCUGACCAGCACUUCUCCAUCCAAGGCGCUCACAACGAGACCUUGUUCAUUUCGGCGGCUCAGAAGAGACACUCGGGAGCUUACCAGUGCUUUGCCACGCGCAAGGGCCAGACCGCCCAGGACUUCUCCAUCAUACUGCUGGAAGAUGGUACCCCACGAAUCGUGGCUUCCUUCAGUGAGAAGGUGGUAGUCCCAGGCGAGCCCUUUUCCCUGAUGUGCACCGCCAAAGGAGCGCCUCCGCCGACCAUCACCUGGACCCUGGACGACGAGCCGGUGGCCCGCGAUUUGUCCCGCGUGCGAGCCAGUCAGUACACGCACUCGGACGGGAGCACCGUGAGCUACGUCAACGUCAGCAACCCGCAGAUUCGCGACGGAGGAUUGUAUCGGUGCGCCGCACGAAACUCGGCCGGUAGCGCCGAGUACCAAGCGCGCAUAAACGUAAGAGGCAAUCCAAGGAUUCGACCGAUGAAGAACAUCACGGCCGUGGCAGGACGAAGCUCUUUUGUGAACUGCCGAGUGAUCGGCUACCCGUAUUACUCCAUCAACUGGUACAAGGAGGGACUUCUGCUACCUGACAACCAUCGCCAGGUGGUGUUUGAAAACGGUACCCUGAAGCUUACUGAUGUCCAAAAGGGGAUGGACGAGGGAGCUUACAUCUGCAGUGUACUCAUACAACCUCAGUUGUUCAUCAAGCAAACUGUUUACAUCACAGUCAAAGUUCCUCCGCUGAUCCAGCCUUUUGACUUCCCGCCGACCUCCAUCGGCAAGUUGAUGUACAUCGCUUGCGUGGUGGCGUCCGGCGACAUGCCCAUCCGCAUCACGUGGCGCAAGGACGGCCAGGAGAUCGUGCCUUCCUCGGGCAUCACCAUCGACACCAAGGAGUUCAUGAGCUCCUUGCAGAUCUCCAAGGUGUCGCUGAAGCACAACGGCAACUACACCUGCAUCGCCAGCAACGACGCUGCCACUGUGAGCACUGAGAGGCAGCUCACUGUCACAGUGCCUCCUCGUUUUGUGGUGCAGCCCAACAACCAGGACGGAAUCUACGGGAAGUCGGGUAUUCUCAACUGCUCAGUUGACGGCUACCCUCCUCCCAAGGUCAUGUGGAAGCACGGCAAAAGCGCACUAGCGGGCAUCGGGAACCCGCAGCAGUACCACCCCGUGCCUCUGACGGGCCGAAUCCAGAUCAUGAACAAUGGUUCGCUACUCAUCCGUCACGUCCUGGAAGAGGAUCGUGGCUUCUACUUGUGUCAGGCCUCCAACGGGGUGGGCUCCGACAUCAGCAAGAGCAUGGCGCUCACUGUUAAGAUCCCAGCCAUGAUCACAAGUCACCCCAACACCACCAUGGCCAAGAAGGGUCACGUUAAGGAGCUGAACUGCACGGCGAGGGGGGAAUGGCCUAUCAUCAUCCGCUGGGAGCGAGGCGACACGGUCAUCGACCCUGACCGCAAUCCCCGCUACUCUAUUACCACCAGCCCCAACGAGAAGACGGACGAGGUGUUGUCCACUCUCAAGCUAAAACCAGCAGAACGUGAGGACUCGGUCUUCUUCUCCUGUCACGCCAUCAACUCGUACGGUGAAGGACGAGGCCUCAUCCAGCUCACCGUGCAAGAGCCCCCGGAUCCUCCCGAACUUGAGGUGCGUGAAGUCAAAGAUCGCAGUAUGAACCUACGAUGGACGCAGAGGUUUGACGGGAACAGCGUCAUCACCUCCUAUGACAUUGAAUACAAGAACAAGACAGAUACCUGGGAGCUGAAGCACGCGACUCGAAACAUUUCCCCCACUAACAAUCAGGCCAACAUUGUGGACCUCCACCCGGCGUCGGUCUACAGCAUCCGCAUGUACUCCUACAACGCCAUCGGGAAGAGCGAGGCCAGUAAGGAGCUCACGAUCAGCACGGAGGAAGCUCAGCCCGACGGUCCUCCCAUGGAUGUGAUCCUGCAGCCGGUGACCUCUCAAAGCAUCAGGGUCACUUGGAAGGCUCCCAGGAAGGAGCUACAAAACGGAGUGAUCCGAGGUUACCAAAUUGGUUACAGAGAAAACGGUCCGGGCAGCAACGGCCAAUACAGCAUUGUGGAGAUGAAGGCCACCGGAGAUAGCGAGGUGUACACAUUGGACAACCUGAAGAAGUUUGCCCAGUACGGCGUGGUGGUUCAGGCCUUCAAUAGAGCUGGCACCGGGCCCUCCAGCUCCGAGAUCAAUGCGACCACUCUCGAAGACGUUCCCAGCCAACCUCCUCAGAAUGUGCGCGCAAUCUCCGUCACCUCAGAUGAGGCGGUCAUCUCUUGGGUGGAACCCCCCAGGAUGACCCUGCACGGCGUUCUGAAGGGCUACCGUGUCAUCUUUUGGGCCGUCUUCCCCGACGGAGAAUGGGGUGAAAUGCAAAACAUCACCACAACCAAGGAGCAGGUGGAGCUCAGAGGUCUGGAGAAGUUCACCAACUACAGCAUCCAGGUGCUGGCCUACACACAGGCUGGCGAUGGCGUACGCAGCAAUGUCCUGUACAUCCAGACCCGGGAAGACUACCCCGGGCCCCCAGCUGGCAUCAAAGCUGUGCCCUCCUCUGCCAGCAGUGUGGUGGUAUCUUGGUUACCCCCCCAUAAACCAAAUGGAAUCAUCCGCAAGUACACCAUCUACUGCUUGAGCCCCGGAUCAGGCCGACCGAUGCCCAGCGAAUACGAAGCCAACCCGGAGCUGGUCUUCUACCGCAUCAGCCACCUCAACCACAGGCAGCAGUACUUGAUCUGGGCUGCGGCCGUCACCACCGCAGGACGCGGAAACUUCAGCGACAAGGUCACCGUUGAGCCCGCCGCCAAGGCCCCUGCUAAGAUCCUAUCAUUCGGAGGUACGGUGACCACCCCGUGGAUGAAAGAAGUACGGCUGCCUUGCAACUCUGUAGGCGAACCAACACCGACCAUCAAAUGGACCAAAGACAGCGAGAACACAGCCAUCCCGGUGUCUCUGGACGGACAGCGUCUCAUCAUGACCAACGGCACACUGGUGCUACGCACUGUCAAGGCUGAAGAUUCGGGCUACUACACCUGCACGGCCACCAACACGUUGGGCUUUGACACCAUCAUCGUUAAUCUUUUAGUGCAAGUUCCUCCGGACCAGCCUCGGCUCACCGUGUCCACCACCUCUACUUCCUCCAUCACUCUGGCCUGGAUACCAGGAGAUAACGGAGGCAGCUCUAUCAGGGGAUUUGUGCUUCAGUACUCUGUGGACAACACAGAAGAGUGGAAAGAUGUGUUCAUCAGCUCUACCGAGCGCUCUUUUAAACUGGACAACCUGCGCUGCGGCACUUGGUACAAAGUCAAGCUGGCGGCAAAGAACAGCGUCGGAGCGGGACGCAUCAGUGAGAUCAUCGAGGCCAAGACGCACGGCCGAGAGCCCCAGUUCAACAAGGACCAACCCGUUUUCACCCACAUCAACUCCAGUCACGCCCGCCUCAACCUGCAGGGCUGGGCCAGCGGCGGCUGUCCGAUCGGCGCCGUGACACUCGAGUUUCGCCCGAAAGGUACGUGGGUGUGGCAGAACGUGCGCACCAACGCCACCACAGACGUGUUCCUGGCCGAGCUGCGUGAGGCCACCUGGUACGAACUGAAGAUGAAAGCUUGUAACAGUGCCGGCUGCGGAAACCAGAGCUCCCAGUUUGCCACGCUGGAUUACGACGGCAGCACAAUUCCUCCCAUCAAGUCGCCCUUGGAAAAGAACGACGACGUCAAGAAGCUGUUUUCUAUCGGCUGCCCGGUGAUCUUGGUCACUCUUGGUGUGGCGCUCCUCUUCAUCAUCCGCAAGAAACGCAAAGAAAAGAGGCUGAAGAGACUGCGAGAUGCCAAAAGCCUAGCAGAGAUGCUGAUCAGUAAAAACAACCGAAGCUUUGACACGCCAGUGAAGGGCCCGCCUCAGGGCCCGCGCUUGCACAUCGACAUCCCGAGAGUGCAGCUGCUGAUCGAAGACAAAGAGGGCAUCAAGCAGAUCGGCGAGGACAAGGCCACCGUACCUGUGACCGACACGGAGUUCAAUCAGGCCGGGAACCCGCAAAGCUUCUGCGCAGGUGUGUCCGUUCACCACCCUGCUCUCAUCCAGAACACUGGUCCUUUGAUUGACAUGUCAGACAUCAGACCAGGAACCAAUCCGGUUUCCAGGAAGAGUGUCAAAUCGGCCCACAGCAUCAGGAACCGCUACUCCAGUCAGUGGACUCUGACUAAGUGUCAGGCUUCCACGCCGGCUCGGGUUCUCGCCUCGGACUGGCGUACGGUCAGCUCGCAGCACGGCAUCACCGUCACCGAGAGCGACAGCUACAGCGCCAGCCUCUCGCAGGACACAGAUAAGGGUCGUAACAGCAUGGUGUCAACGGAGAGCGCCUCGUCCACCUACGAGGAGCUGGCCAGGGCGUACGAGCACGCCAAGCUGGAGGAGCAUCUGCAGCACGCCAAAUUCGAGAUCACCGAGUGCUUCAUCUCCGACAGCUCCUCCGACCAGAUGACCACGGGCACCAACGACAACGCCGACAGCAUGACGUCCAUGAGCACGCCCUCCGAGCCCGGCAUCUGCCGCUUCACCGCCUCGCCGCCCAAGCCCCAGGACUACGAUCGCGGCAAGAAUGUAGCCGUGCCCAUCCCGCACCGCGCCAAGAGUGACUACUGCAACAUCCCCCUCUACAUGAAGUCAGACCCCUUCUUCCGAAAGCAGUCCGAGCACCAUGACCCGUGUCCAGUGGUUCCCCCCCGCGAAGCCUCCAUCCGCGGCCUGGCCCAGCGGGCGUACCACACCCAAGGCCGUCACAUGACUAUGGACUCUGCAAAGCAGCAAGCCCUAACCAUGGGCCACUCUGGCCUGUCCAACCUCACCUCCUCUGGGGCGUCUUCUGGAGGAGCCUCUGGAGGAGGUGGAGGCGGCAUGUCCGCCAGCUCCAGCAGCUCCACGCUCCCACAGAGGACUCUCACCAUGCCGGGCUCCUCGGCAACAGGGGUCCAGAGCGCCGCGGCCGCCGCCGCAGCUACCGCCGCCGCCGCCACCGGGGCGUCAUCAUCCUCCGGCGGGGCUGUGGGGGCCACAGGAGGCACGCCAGGUGGCGCCUCUUCCUCCUCCUCCAAGAUGGGAGGAUCCAGAGACUCUCUUUUGGAGAGCAGCUCGUCAGGCUUGGGCAGACUACAGAAGCAGAGGGAUGGUGGCACCGGGGCUUACUCCAAGUCGUACACACUGGUCUAGCCUGACGUCGUGGCGGCUAACUAAGAAGAUUAGCGGUCAAAUGUGGAGCGGAUAAAACACCGACGCCCGGCUCCUCUCCCGUGGAUGCCUGCGCUGUGCCAGGCCGCAGAGGGGCUGCUCGGGCUCCCAUAAGGAGAAGUUGGCGGGGGGGGGGGGUAUCUACAGCACAGGGGGUUGCCUUUCUUUCUGCCUGAUCGCGUGUCUCCCUCUUUUACGUCACCACUUGGCAAAACACGUAUGAUUUCUUUUUUUUUGUCCACUUCGAUCUCCCCUCGUCCAAGGUAUGCACAAAAUCCUCCAGGCGGUUGCUUGAAUUUCACGCCACUUCUGUUUUAGGAGAUCACAGCAUUGUGCCGCGGCAGGAUGCGUUAACUGGAUGCAUUUGCCAUCAAAUGUCUCAGUGAGGGAAUUCUCAUUUCUGGCGAUGGAGAAUUUCAUCUGACGAUUUUUAAGCUUUGCGUGUGUGUGUGUUUGUGUGGCUAUAUGUAAAUAUAUACAGUAUAUGUGCACGUGUGGCAGGCACACAACAACGGUGGACCUUUUUAAAAAUCAAGCUGUAUGCUGAGCGUCCAAACAGUAAAACCCACAAUCCGUUUUGUACUUACGAAGCUGCGUUUGGAAUUUAUUUUUGAACGCUGAUAUCGUUUGCCGUGGAAAGAAAGGCGAGGGGGGAACAAGUUACUCUGAAGGUUCGUCAAGAUGCCACAAGUGCAGUGGUCGUUCUACUUUGUUUAACUUCCCCGGCGUCAUUUCCAGACAUUAGCAAACAUGUAGAAAGAGAAAUUGUCACCUCAGAAGCCGACUUUUGUCAUGGAUGGAUAGCCCCCGCCCAUCCCCUAAAAAAAUGGAAUAUGCGGAGGAACAUAUUAAAGUGAUUAGGGAGAAGUGAAUGAAUGAAUCAUUCCAAACACAUCCUUGGAAUGUUGGGUCAGUAAAUAAAAAAAGAGCCUCGGUGUAUUGAGUUUAGCUUUAUGCAUGGCGCUGUAUCUUUUUAUUUGAUUGGAUUUUUAUUUCUUCACCAUUAAUUCUCCAAUAGCAUAAUCUCAUCACAAAGAAUCAAUUCCAAAAACAAAAAAAAUGGUUAAAAAAUAGAGUUGCUCCAAAUGUUUUGCAAUGAUCAAACGUAACAAACAUCAGGGCUCUCGCAAUAGAAAAUAAUAUAUGUUUGUUUUAAAAUAGAAUACUAUAUGUACAUAUAUAUAUUUCUAUUCAAAUAUAUAGCAAAUAUAUGACUAUUGAGACAAAAAAAAUCUAUUCAAGCCGUUCUAAAUUGAAAAUAUAUUAGAAAAGAUCACAAGACAAUCGCUCCGAAAGAGAACGACAAAGAGGCGAGUGACUUUAACGGGUAGCACAAGCGUCACGGCCGGCCGGCCGGGAGGAAAGAAGACGACGAGGCGCCGUCAUCUUUCUCUCCUCCUUGUGAUCAGGCUGAACGUGGACGCGGCUUGGAAGACAAAGCACAGUCAAGUUGUGGUGUGAGAUUGUGUUGCUAGGUAGAAAACAAAUAGUGUGUGGUGAGCUUGCUGUUGAAAAA